AUGGACCGAUCGUAUUUGGACGUUAACGAGCCGUACGUGAACGAGGCGCCUAUCCAGGAAAUGUUUUUACACUCGUUUUUACCAUUCUCCAGCACGGCUAUAAACAGAGGCGACGAGAUACGUAUCCCUAUACAGAACAGAGACGCCGUCACACUGCCUAGCGAGAGUUUUGUCUACGUCGAGGGCAAAUUGAUAAAACCGGUCGAUUUGUUGGCCGAAGUCACGUUCAGUCAGAACGGUUUGAUUAAUUUGUUUAACGAAAUCAAAUAUGAUAUUAACUCCGUGGAAAUACAACGCGUUAAACGACCGGGUGUGAGCAGUUCGUUGAAAGGUUACUGUUACUGUUCUUAUACGCCCGCGGACGUAAACUGUUUGCAAAACGCUACUUGGGACGGUGCGGAUUCGAAUAGAAAAUUUAUAAAAGACGGCACGUUUACCGGAUGUAUCCCGCUGAAACACGUUCUGGGAUUUUCUGAAGAUUAUAAUAAAGUUUUGAUAAAUUUCUCGCAACAAUUGAUUUUGAACUGGACGAUAAACGAUCUGGGAUCAUUGACGUUUUUCUUGAAAGGUAAUGAAGUUUUGACCGAUGCGACUGUCCAAGCCAAAGUGAAAACAAUCAAAAUAGAACUGACAAAAGUCAUGUGGAAGGUGCCCGUGGUCAAGGUUAAUGACAGAGAGAAGUUAAAACUGUUGAAAAUUAUCGAUUCAAAAAAAAACGAUAAACUGUGCGUUUAG